AUGGCUCCAGCAAACGUUGACCCCGAUGUUGUCAGCGACUCAUCUUCGUCGUCAGACCCCUUGGACACAACAAACGACGAGGGAUGGGAAGAUGUCGAACAAGACGAGGAGCCCAUCACUGUGGUCUCUCUAUUCGACGACAAGACAUUUCCUGACGCAUCGAGUAUGUUGACAUACUGCCGGGACAGCCAGAACUUUGAUAUCUGGAAAUUGCGGCAAGACCUAGGCCUUGACUUCCUUGGUUUGAUCAAGCUUGUCAACUACGUCCGCUCCGAGGUCAGCGCGGGCAACGCACACCCCACCGUGUCCUCGAAAUCAGUCUUUGACGACGACAAAUACCUAAAGCCGGUUCUGGAGGACGACGCUCUCCUGUAUAGUCUUGAUGAUGUCUUCCUUGAUGACGAGGCUGCCAACUCCGCGCCAGCCAGCGAAGUCGACCAACUCCGGGAACAGCUGGCCACUCUACAGUCUCAAUUCGCCGCAUACCGGGACCAAGUUCAGAGCGCCAUGCUUGACAGACUAGAUGUCCAAGAAGGUAACCCAGAAUCGUCGAGUACCGCGCGAACAACCAGCCGUCAAGGGCCCGCGGACAAAGACAACACCGAAGAGUUCGACAAGGACUACUUCAAGUCGUACUCGUACAACUCGAUCCACGAAUCCAUGAUCAAGGAUCGUGUUAGAACAGACGCGUACCGAGACUUCAUCUAUGACCACAAGGACUUGUUCAAGGACAGAGUCGUCCUCGACGUCGGGUGCGGCACGGGAAUCUUGUCCAUGUUCUGUGCGAAGGCUGGGGCGAAGCUCGUGAUCGCCGUGGACAACUCAGACAUCAUCGACAAGGCACGCGAGCACGUCUACACCAACAAUCUCCAAGACACGGUCAAGUGUCUGCGUGGGAAGAUCGAGGAAGUCCAACUGCCCGUUGAAAAGGUCGACAUCAUCGUCAGCGAAUGGAUGGGGUACUGCCUCCUGUACGAGUCCAUGUUGGAUUCGGUCCUCUACGCCCGAGACAGGUACCUUGCACCGGACGGACUCAUGGUGCCGUCUCAUGCCAGCUUGCGCAUCGCGCCGUUGGCCGACUCGGAAUUCAAGGCAUCGCAUAUAGAUUUCUGGCGGGACGUGUACGGCUUCGACAUGACGCCCAUGCUGGAACGGGCGCACGAGGAGGUCAUCGUCCGCGUAAUGGACAAGAACGAGCUGGCCACCGAAAGUGUCCCGUUUCUCGAGCUGGAUCUGCACAACACAAAGGUGGCAGAUUUGACCUUUACGAAACCCUUCGCCGCGAAAUGGAAAGGCGGGUUCAAGGUCCUUGAGGGAUUCGUGGUGUGGUUCGACAUUAUCUUCGCCACGGAUCGGAAGCAGAAUGUUGAUGCGGGGAUGACGGCCACCGAGGCGAAGAAGUCGGGUCUCGUCGCCUUUUCGACGGGUCCUGCAACCGAGGCUACCCACUGGCAGCAGGGGAUCUUCCUGAUUGAAAAUCCCGGAAAGGCAGAGGAGUUUACCGAGGGGGAUUCGAUCGCCGGUGAAAUUACCUACUUGAAGAAGAAGGGGCAAGAGAGGUCCUUGGACAUUGAGAUCUCUUGGUCCAAGGCAUCGGAGAAGGGACGGAGUAAGAAGCAGAUGUGGGUUUUGGACUGA